AGGCCGGAGAUCACGUGAGGAGCAGGAGUCUCAGCCCCUCCCCCGGCUCGUCCGCGACAAUAACGCAGAGGGAAAUCGGCUCCGCGGACAGGAAUGUCCCGCCGGUGUUCGGAGCCGCAAGGAUGAUGAUGGCGAUGCCGAUGCGCUUGUCUCACGCCGCCUGCGCCAUGGUGAAGCAAGAGCCGGACGAUGACUCGGACACGGACGAGCCCAACUUACUGCUCAAGAAGUCAGACAGCGCCGAGCCGCAGAUCAUCCAUAGCGGCCACUUCAUGGUGUCCUCCCCGCACAGCGAGCACCCGCCCAAGAAAGGCUACGACUUCGAUACGGUCAAUGAGCAGGCCUGCCAGACGUACAGCGGCAAGACCAGCACAUGUCACCUGUCCAUAGACGCCUCCCUCACCAAGCUGCUGGAGUGUAUGACCCUGGCGUACAGUGGUAAGCUGGUUUCCCCAAAAUGGAAGAACUUCAAGGGCCUGAAACUACAGUGGAGAGACAAAAUCCGUCUAAACAAUGCAAUAUGGCGAGCGUGGUACAUGCAGUAUAGAGCGGGAAAGGAUGAGAAGCUCCUGUUUCUGUCUGAUUCAAAUAUAGAGAAACGACAAAAUCCAGUAUGCCACUUUGUGACUCCCUUGGAUGCAUCAAUCGAUUUUGAUGAACAUAGGAGACCAGAGGCUAUUGCUACAGAAGGAAGAUACUGGAAGAGGAGGAUAGAGAUUGUAGUCAGAGAAUACCACAAGUGGAGAACCUAUUUUAAGAAAAGGUUACAGAAACACCGAGAUGAAGAUCUCUCAAGCUUGGUCAAAGAUGAUGAUCUCGAUGCUGCGGUGCCAAUGGAAGAGGAGCCUCUCCUGGACAUGGAGAUGCUUAUGGCGGAGUUCAGUGACACUUUAUUUUCUACUAUUUAUUCACAUCAGCACAACCCAAAAGAGAUUGAACAUUCAGGGAAUGCAGAUAUGAUUCAACCCGAGCUUUUUCCACUUCAACCAAACUUGGAUUUGAUGGACACUUUUGAAUCUUUCCAAGAUCUUUUCUCUGGCAACCGUCUGCCAUCUUCUUUGUUUACUUCUGCCUCUUCUGUACCUGCUGUCCCACUGCCUGACCCUGCUUUGCAUUCCUGUAACCAGACAAUGGCGCCUCCUGGCUCGCCAUCUAGCAACCUUGCACCUGUGAAUCUUGAUGAGGAGUUGAUCCCAUCCCCAGGUCCUCCUUCCAUGCUUCCGCGAGUCCCUGAAGUGAGGAGGGAACGGGCAUCCAGUCUGGGAAAUAUUUCUACUGUUCAUGGACCAGUCAAGUUUAACUCGGACACUUCUAUAAACAACAACCAGCAUGGUUUCGUCCCAGUGUGCCCCCCUCCAGUUACGAUUUUUCAGACGCCGCCUGGUCAACAAACGUUGUCUCGAAAUCCUCGCCUGGCACCCCAGCCCUCUUUUGUUAGCCGGGACGCUGAUAAGUUUCACAUGUGUAAUGCCUCAGUUAUUACGCACACGGCCUCUGCCACCCUUACCCAUAAUCCUUCUGCAACUACCUUCAGUCAGAGCCAGAACCUUAUUCUCACAACGCAGCGACACGUGCCUUGCAACAUUUCAGUGCAAACUGCUGGGGUAAUGCAACAGACUGCCCCCCAAACCCAUGGGUACUUUACCAUUUCAAGCUCGGGGGCUAAGCAGAAAAAGCAGCCUCCAAAAAUUGUGCCUGCUCCUCAGCAAGAGACUGUAUCUUUGCUUUUUACUCCUGCAUCGUUUUCAGGUCAGACUCAAGCUGUGAUAGUAUCUCCAGCCUCCCUUAAGUCAGACACCAUGCUGGCACCAAGAAUUACUCAGUCCAGUGUUGUAAUUGCACCAGCAGGCCUUACAAGGUCUUCUGGAGUAUCAGAGUUCCACGGCAGUAUUCUUGUUGGACCAGCUCAGCGAUCUCAGGGCACCCAGAAGUCUCAGUCUGCUGUGUCUCGACUCUUUUCCAGUCCAACUCAAGACAUGCUGGUGAAGAGAGAGAUGUCCUCCUCCCAGAACUGCAGUACUGCACCUUCUCCCUCAUCCUAUCGGGUUUGUCAUCGUUCAAGACGAGGGUCGCCAUGUGCAUCUGAACACAGCCUCAGCCCUCCGCAAAGCUCAGGAAAAACCUCAUCUGACUCUCACUGCUCUACAUCUAAGAAUGAAAGAUUGAAGCAUAUUUCUGCAGAACAGAAGAGGAGAUUUAAUAUAAAGAUUGCCUUCAACACACUGCACAGUUUUGUUUCCUCAAGCUCCAAACCGAUCAGCCAUGCCAUCACACUACAGAAGACCGUGGAGUACAUUGCCAAACUGCAGCAGGAGAGGUCCAAUGUGUUGGAAGAGACCAGACGACUCAGGGAAGAAGUAGAAGAGUUGAACAUUGCCAUCAAUUCCUGUCAGCAGCAACUUCCAGCCACUGGUGUACCCAUAACUCCACAAAGAACAAACCAUAUGAGGGAUCUGUAUGACAAGUACGUGCAGAGGAGAACGAUUCAAAAUUGGAAGUUCUGGAUUUUCAGCAUCAUUAUAAAGCCCUUGUUUGACUCAUUCAAUGACAUAGUAUCUACAGCUAGCAUAGAAGAAUUGUACAGCACUACUGUAGAAUGGCUGGAACAUCAUUGCUCCCUCCCUGCAUUGAGGCCCAUGGUGCUAAGUACACUGCGUCAUCUGAGCACAACGACCUCCAUCUUGACUGACCCAUCAAGCCUGCCUGAGCAAGCCAAGCAGGCUGUUAGUAAGAACAGUAAUGGUGCUGGUGGUACAUAAAUGUAUACACUCUUAAAUAGAGAGAAGAGCUUGUGCUGUUACCUUUUCAGUGCUCUGUGAGCUGCAUUUCAACACUCCACCAGUGCAUCUAUGCUGCUGCAAUUGGUAACUGGCCAUUCAAUGCAUCCUUGGCUUUCAGGAAAAAACCCUAUCUCAGAGGAUCUGCAAGGUGUCACUUCUAUGAAGGGCAGGAAUGGCUAAAGAAUUCCUGUUCUUGGAGCAUCAACAAGAACCGUACAAUGAUUCAGUGAGGGGAAAUGACAUUAAAGGGAAUACAGUUCUGUGGUGUCAUCUUUUUAUUAUUUUUUUUCAAUGAAUCUCUGCAGCCUUCAUUUUAUGUGUUUUUAAACCUUUUAAUUUAGAGGACCUCACAAUUGCCUUCGAACAGUUAUUAAAGGCAUUUUGUUUAUCAAAAAGCUGAAAACUGGUCAGUAGAAUAAUAAUUGAGCCGUGUCCUCAAUCAUUUAACCUUUACAUUAUUGGACUCAGGUUUCUGCUCUUUUUAAGUUCCAAAGGCAAUUCUGGUGACAGUGCUGCAUCGAGAUCUCAUACCAGAAAUUGCAUACAAUAUCUUGUACAAGUCAGCAUUAUAAGCUCUCAGUUGUAACUGAGCAUGUGCAGAAUUCUCGUAUUCUACCUUUGCUUAUUUGACACCAGUCUCUAAGCAAUGUAGACCUAUUUUUUUUUUAAUUGUUAUUAUUAUUUCUCUCUGUGCAAAGAUAUGUUAAGCAAGCUAAUUGGCAAUUUUGAAAUUAGUACGGCUGUAUUUCUUUGGGGAAAAAAAGCUGCUUUGGCUUAAAGUGGAUGUAAACCCUCCAUACACAAAGUGAAGUGAACAGCCUCA